AUGCAACCCUCAGCACUAGCACAAACGGGCGCUCUGCCAGCGACGGUGUACCAGCCGGGCUGGGGUGACGGUGGUUGGGAGGUCUCCCCUGAAGAAGCUGCAUUGCCUAUUGCUUCGAGGAGCCUCACACAGAUACGGAGUGGGAGAUCCAGGGGGUUCAGCUUUGGUGUGGCAGCCCUGGCAGCCGUUGCUGCUGUUGCAGCAGUGUACUUAGUGUUCCGCUGCUCUCUGUAUUUGGCGAACGUCAGCAAGAGUAGAAGGGUACUGAGAUUUCUAGCAGGAUCGGAAGGGAGGAAGGAUAAAGAUCCAGGAGAGUACUGCAGUGCUGUAGCGGAUGAUCCUCCUACUGCAGCAGCUGCUGCUGCUGCUAACGGAGAGAGCGGGGAAGGGCAUUUGGAUAAGGAGGUGUUGUUGAGUCGAGUUCACAAUUAUGGUGUUGAGCUAACGCGUCUUAUAAAGGCAAGCACUUCGUCACUGCUGCAACUGAACAGCGAUUACAGAGCGAAGUGCAUAGCCCAGCUGUUGUGUCUGUCUUUGGCGGAGUAUGCUGCCUUGUACUCUGUAUUAGAGCGAAGAGAGAGAGCUGGCGUGGCAGAAAGAAUACGUACAAUCUCCAACACUAUAUGGACCCUCCGCAGAAGCUUCAGGUCUGGAUCUCUUACGUCCACGCGGACCCGGCAUCUCAACGAAAUGCAGUCGCUCCUCAUCAAGCUCACAGAGAUUCAACCCCCUCCAGCAACCAUACCGGAGAGCCAUAGGCUGCAGAAAGUUGACAAGCUUCUGGAGCUGCAGGAGGUGUCAUUGGGGCAGCUUAAUUCGGGUUUCUUCUGGCUCCGUGAAGCUCUAGAACACUCCAAGAAGGCGAGACACGAGGCUGAAGCUGCUAGAAGGACUGCUGCAGCUGCUAGGGGUGCAGCAGAAAUUGCUGAAGCUGCUGCAGCUGUUGAAGCUGCUGCAGCUGCUGAAGUUGCUGCAGCUGCUAGAGUUGCUAAUGUUGUUAGAGCCAUCGAAAAGACCGCGCAAAAGCGCAAGGAUCAAGUCCUCAACGAUCCCCAGCUCAGCCACUGGCUGCGGGAGGCGCAACCAAAAAACCACUACGGCAUCACGAACCGUGCACGUAUUGAGGCGAUCGCCCAGCAACCCCUUCUAGCCCACCAUGAACUCUUAGAAGCCCUGAAGGCAACUCCUCUGGGAUCGGGAGAAGAUCCUGGGGAUCUUGUCUUCGCCGAUGAUAGUACUGAAAAGCAGCAGGCAACCACCCCCCAGUCUGGCUACCAAACACCCCCCCGAAGAGCCAAGGCUUCUCCUUCUGUAGGCCCAAGCAGUGCACCUCACCCCGUAUGGCAGCAGACGCUUGAUAGGCAAAGCAUAGGAGACGGAAAAGGAUGGGUCGAGUCCAGUUCCUUCUCCGCGUACCCCACCAUGUCUACAAAUGCUGAAAAUGCAGACGGUGCUGCUGCAGCUGAUGCUGGUGCAGCUGGUGCUGCUGCAGCUGGUGCUGGUGCAGCUGGUGCUGCUGAAGUGGCUACGGCUGAGGAUGCUCUUUUACAAGCUCCCAGUCAUAGCAAGGUAGUAUAUGGCUUUUAUGAGCCGAAUGCUCUUUCACAGGUAUGGGUGCCUGCUCCUGGAUGGGUUCCUGUCGACUCUGGAGUCUCCGCUGCUAUCCACCCUCCUCCUGGCUUCUCACCUAGCUAUCGCUUCCCCCAAGCCGGAUGGCCACUCGCUCCCUCGGGUGCCACUCCUGUUGGGAUGUCUUCCUCUAUUCCUGCGUUUCCUCGGCCCAUGCGGAGGCCUCCGCGGAGUACCUUCCCAGCAGCUGUUUCUGCUGCUGCUGCUUACGCCCCUGAAGCCUACUUUUUGAGGCCUCCAGGUGUUCCUUAUCAAGUCGUCCCUGCUUAUCCUUCUGCUGCUGGACCCUGGGUUCCAGUACCAACACUUCAUGUACCGCCUGGCUCUGCCGCCUCACACCUCUCGACAGAAGCGUCCACCUCUUCGCAGGCUGGCUUUCGGAGUUCCCAGGAUUCGUCCCAGCCUCGUGAUGGGGCUCCUCUUGUACCCCUCUCCCGGAUGCAUCCGCCUGCUAGCGUUUCUUCCUCCCCUGCAGCAGCCUCAGGGCGAGAAGAUCCUGUAGACAUCUUUGGCAGUCCGAUCACCUUCAGGGAAUGGGGGCUCCCCGAAAAUGCUGCGCCAAGACGCGGUGCACACGUCCCUCCCAGUAGAUGGCCAAGUCGUAGAGAUAUUGCUGCAGGUUUUGGGGAACUUGAAAAACUCUUCGGUGAGGCAUCCGACCGGCAGCAGAACAAACCAGUGGACCGUAGAAAUCCCCCAGGUAGCAGCAGCUCCCGCAGCUGA